AUGUCGAAUUCGGUACCUGCUUCUCACUCCUCCUCUGUUGAGCGCAGCCCUGCGGUGCUGCUACCAAAGGAGACGUCGGUGAUGGGUUCCAAGGAGGACGUAGGCAAAUCGGAUCAUCACCACGACAAUCCAAACGAAUAUGUGACAAGCACCAAACUGGCGUUGAUUGUCGCGAGCGUGGCGCUUGCUUGUUUCUUGAUGCUAUUGGACACGAUGGUCGUCAGCACUGCAAUCCCGCGUAUCACCGACACUUUCAAUUCGCUUCCAGAUGUCGGGUGGUAUGCCAGUGCAUACCAGUUUGGCAGUGCUGCUCCACAGCCACUCACAGGAAAGGUGUAUACGCACUUCAACACCAAAUGGCCGUUCUUGUCGUUCUUCGCGAUAUUCCAGAUCGGUUCUAUUAUAUGUGGUGCUGCUGUCUCAUCCGAUAUGUUGAUCGUCGGGCGCGCCGUCGCUGGAUUCGGUGCUGCUGGUAUCACGAAUGGCGCCAUAACCAUCAUUUCGAGCUGUGCACCUCUUGAGAAGCGUCCUGCACUCAUCGGUCUGACUAUGGGUUUGAUGCAGGUCGGCCUUGUAGCAGGACCUCUCAUAGGAGGUGCUUUUACCACAUAUACUACAUGGAGGUGGUUGCGGAUUCCUGAACAAAUGCCAAAACAAAAGGCUUUCGUGAUUGUCUCGAGAUUACACCACUACUUGGAUCUUAUUGGAUUUGCUCUCUUUGCGCCUGCCGUCCUUCAACUCCUACUUGCUCUUCAAUAUGGAGGCAAUCAGUACCCAUGGAGGUCUCCCACUAUCAUAGGUCUAUUCUGUGGAUCCGGUGCAACUUUUGCUGUGUGGCUCGUCUGGAAUCGACACAAAGGAGACGAUGCACUGCUCCCGCACUCAAUGAUCAAACAGACAGUUGUGUGGGCAUCAGGGCUCUUCCAGGCUUUCAUGAUUUCGGCUGUUUACGGUGCAACGUUCUUUCUUCCUAUUUACUUCCAGGCUAUCAACAACGCGACAGCGAUGUUAAGUGGCGUAUAUCUUUUGCCCACGAUUCUGCCGCAGCUCUUGAUGGCUAGUCUCUCCGGAGUUCUGUUACAGAAAAUGGGGUUUAUCAUUCCAAUAGCUGUAGUUGGCACUGUUUUUCUUGCCCUGGGAAGCGGACUCUAUUCGCUGCUGCAGCCAGGGAGUUCGACUGGGGAUUGGGUCGGCUUCCAAAUUCUGGCAGGUAUUGGGUCAGGGCUCAGCAUGCAACUAGCCAUUAUAUCGAUCCAAGCCUCCGUUGGAGAAGAGCAACUUGCCACCGGUAUGGCCCUCGUUAUCUUCGCUCAAUCACUAGGUCCAGCUAUCGUUUUGGUUGUGUGUAAUGUGAUCUUCAACUCUAGCUUGAAGUCUCAGCUACAAAACAAGGCACCGCACACCGAUGCGGUGGCAGUCAUUCAGGCAGGGGCUACAGGCUUUCGUGCCAUUGUGCAGCGUGACGAUCUCCCUGGGGUCCUCGCUGCCUAUGCUGUCAGUGUCGACCGAGUUUUUUAUUUCGUCGCCGCAGUAGCUACUACAUGCAUCGUCGUGUUGUGGGGUAUGGGUUGGCAUGAUCUAAGAACAAAAGGCAAUAAAGUAGAAGAUGGGGCUGUUCACUCUGAUAAGUAUGGGGAGUCGGCGUGA